UCAGGUGCACUGCGCGUUCAAAACACAUCGCCAACAUACAUUUGAAACUAUCGCAGAUACAAACGUUUAUAUUUUACGUAAAGCAAUGUCAGACUAACUGAUAUGCGAUCAGCAGACAGUUUGGUCCAUCAGGCACCUGUUGGAGAGUUUGUUCCAGAAAAAAUGGGUGACAUUCUCAACCACAGCGGAUGGGGAACUCUGAACAGAAGUUUAACUGAUCAGCACAAGUUCAGCAGCCUCGAAGACAUCGACGUGACCGCCGACGGCAGCCUGGUCCUGAGGAUUAUCAUCUCGGUGGUUUACUCCGUGGUGUGCGCCGUGGGGUUGGUCGGGAACCUCUUGGUGUUUUUCCUGAUGAAAGUUAGACAAGGACGCAAGAAAUCCAUUAUUAAUUUCUUUGUCAUCAAUUUAGCCGUCACUGACUUUCAGUUCGUUCUGACCUUGCCUUUCUGGGCGGUGGACACGGCUUUGGAUUUCAGCUGGCCGUUUGGAAACGCCAUGUGCAAGAUUAUCUUAUCGGUCACAGUGAUGAACAUGUACGCCAGCGUCUUCUUUCUCACCGCGAUGAGCAUUACGCGCUACUGGUCAGUCGCUUCUGCUUUAAAGAUCCCUUCCAGAAAGAAGUCCGUGUCUGUAAAGUGGAUUUGCGCCGUGUUGUGGAUCCUGGCGACUGCGGCGACCGCUCCAACUUCCAUUUUCUCCACCGUGACAGUUGUGGCAGGUGAAAAACUCUGUCUCCUCAAGUUUCCAGAUGGCCAAGACUGGCUCGCUCUGUAUCACCUUCAGAAAAUUGUCAUUGCGUUUAUUUUACCCAUGUUCAUCCUCUCAGUGUGUUAUCUUUUACUUUUGAGGUUUAUCCGAAAGAGAGGCGUUAACAACCGUCAAAAAAGACGAUCCAAAGUGGCGAAAUCCGUAACGGUGGUGGUCUUGUCUUUUUUCAUCUGUUGGAUGCCAAACCAUGCGAUAACCCUCUGGGGAGUGUUGGUGAAACUGAACGUGGUGCACUGGGAUAAAACAUACUAUAUGGUGCAUACGUAUGUUUUUCCUGUGACUGUUUGUCUUGCCCACACAAAUAGUUGUUUAAACCCUGUUUUGUAUUGUCUGAUGCGGAGGGAGUUUAGGAAAAUGUUGCAUAGUUUCUUUUGGCGCAUCUCCUCGCCUGUGAUUUCGAACGCUGGGAAAUUACAUGGAUACAGUGGAGGCAGCAAUCAGAACCAGGAUGACGCACACAUUGGAAUGCAUUUAAACGUGAUUGACGCACAGCGGUGCCAACAGUCCAGACAGCAGAGCUCAUAGCGUUCACAGCACUCCACACGGGACAUGUCAGCCAAAUUGGACAGUGGACUGAUUUCUUUCUAAUGAAACUCAUGGGAGGGAAAUAAUGAAUUCAAAAUGUCAAACAAAUAUGAACAUACAAAUAAUAAUAAUGUAGAAUGUGUACAUUUUGUCCUGCAUCUAGUCCUCGUUGCACCACUAUUCUAUUUAUUUUCAUAUUUGGGCUUUGUCACUUUUCGUGUUAGUGAGUUCAUAAAGUACGCUAUAUGU